AUGGAGUCGGUGAGCUGGCGCUGUGGCCCGGGAUCCUCCCCCUCGGGGGGUGACUGCGGCUCCGAGGCUGAGCGGCUCGACUCCUCGUACGGAUCAGAGUCCCUGAGCGGGCGCCUGGAGUCCGCCUCAUACCGACUGCAGGAGCUGGAGGAGGGGGGGUGUUGGGGUUUGGGGAAGGGGUCACUGGGUCAGGGUGAGCCCAAGGCCGGCGGUGAGCAGGAUUGUACUGACCGCCUGGACUCCUCGUAUGGAUCCCAGUCCCUGACUGAGUCACUGAGUGAAGCUCUGGAGUACAGCUGUCAGGUGGAUACGGCUGGGGGUGUCCCUGCACCGACUGACCAUCACCUCAACCCCUACACCUUCCUGGGUGAAGAUGGAGACUCAAUUGUACACUUGGCAAUAAUCCACAAAGCUGAGGAAUGUGCUCUCUACUUCAUCUCGUACUUCACAGUGGAAGUAUUGGACAUCCAGAAUGACCUGUUCCAGUCAGCCCUGCAUUUAGCGGUAUACACGGAACAGCUGAACAUUGUGCAGGAGCUGCUGCAGAAAGGGGUAAAUCUCAAUCAGCAGGACUGGGAUGGGAACACUCCCCUCCACCUCGCCUGUCAGCACCAGCUGAUCGACUGUGUCAGGCUACUGACCAGCAACACAACUGGACAGAAGGUCAAUAUGGAGCUGCAGAACUGGCAAGGUCAAACAUGUCUCCACUUAGCGACCCUCACAAGGAACCAGACAAUCUUAGCCAUGCUGUUGCAAGCAGGAAGCAACGUUAACUCCCAGGAUGGGACCAGUGGGAAGACCAGCCUCCACCUCUCUGUGGAGUGUGGCGACCGUGCGCUCGUGCGUUUCCUGCUGAAGAUGGGAGCCGCUGUCAAUGCCGUCAUGUACAACGGCUGCAGUGCCCUCCACCUGGCAGUGGGCAGAUGGGACACCCAGACUGCAGACAUCCUGUGCCAGGCUGGAGCAGAUCCCUUACUGCCCAACGUGGAGGGCGACACCGCCCAGGACCUGGCCUCUGACAACAUUGACAUCCUUGCGCUGUUUCCAUUCGACGAUAUCAAAUUGAUGGGGAGGCCAGUGGCGUGUUCUGACUUUUGAUAACUUAUUGGACGUUAAAUGUAGAGGGGAAAGCGAGGGAGGUGAUAUCGUAGAGGAACCAGACACUGCUUCAUCGUUCUCACAAAGACCUGGGUCAACUACUAACCUGUCACUCAAGAUUGACAAGCCAGUGGAGUUCAAAUGUCAUGACCUUUUACAUGGCGGCAGGAACUUUGGGAUGUGUUUACCUCAAUGACAUAACGAGGAAGAUAGCUGCACCAUCUUCCACAAUCUCAGGAUAUCCCACUUGCUUUGCUGUCAAUACAAUACUUUGGCGGCUAUGUACGAGAUGCAGUGAUCAAAUUACAUACAGCAACAUCCUUCCCUCCCUCGCAGCC